AUGACGGGGCGAUGUGAAAGUGCGAAUGGCCUUUUGAUUGGUUCCGAAAAAGUAAUACAUAUAUUUGGUACUGUAAUAACAAUUUUCAAUCAAUUCAAAUCAAAUUUCAAUUUCCAUUUAAUUAGCAAACAUGCAAGGCAGGAAUCGGGAUAUGAUUUGCAAAUAUACUGGGCAGUUAAAUUAUAUGUUUUUGAACUAUGUGGUUGUCAUUGUGAUGAUGAUGAUGAUGAUGAUGUAAUGCAUUGCUUUGAAUGGAUGUCUGUAAUGACAGUUCCAAAUCUGCAAAGCGUACUCGAAGUGGUGAAAAAUGAAAUGAGUACGGUAGUAUUACAGCGGAGAAGACGGAAGAAGGAAAGAUUUUUGGGUUCUGCGCUCAACAAACCGAAAUAUUUCGCACUUAGUGAUUUAUGCCGGCGCAGAGUGACACGACAGGAUGGAGGGGUGGACGGAUUGAGACGGAUAUACCGGGAAGGGAAGGGAAGGGAAGGGAAGGGAAGGGAUGCGCGCGGUUGGGAGUGCGUUCGGUUUCGCGAAACACUUUGUAAUAUGGAAAUUGUAGAAAUUGUAAAUGGAGGAACCAACGAACGAUCAGUGAGAAAUAAACAAGGCGGGGACGGCGUUUGUUUAACUGGUGGAAAUGCCGACAAACGUUAA